CUACUGUUGGUCACUGAAGUCCAACGAAAUCUGUGCCGUUCUCUCUCUGAGAAAUCGCAUUCUCAUUCUUGAGAGCUUUUCAAGCUUCGUUCACCUGAGAUUCUAGAGGGAGAAAGAGAGAAGAAAUUUUCAUCUUGUUCUCUUCACCUGGCACUGGGGUUGAGGUUCUGCAGAGCACAAGGGAGUUGAAGUCACCGGAAGGGAUGGAUGAAGAAAUGACCGAUGACGUUAUAGAGGUGUUCGUGGCUUUUGAAAUCGAUCUCGAGUACGAGUUCGAUGCCCCUCGGUUCUUCGAUUUUACUCGCGAGGAAUCUUUCGCUGAGGCUCGCGAUGCUCAGCUUUGGUUCCAGUCCGCCCCCAGCUAUCCACCUUCGCCUUUUGUAGCGAAAUUGGUUUCAAGGGAGGAAAUUAUACUGGAAAAUGUUAACGUUUCUCCAAAAUUUAAAGGUGUGGAUAGCAUGGACUUGAUAAAUGGUGAUUGCCCGGGCCUAGAAGGCUGUGAAGGAUUGGCUGGACGAAUUGUCACCAACUUAGAAAGUGGCAAUGUGCCAAAAGAUCAGAAUCAACAACAGGAAUUACCCACAGAACUGGUAUUUUAUGACCAUAUUGUCAAAGAUAAUCCAAAAUCUAAAGCAAGGGCAGCUGUCAAGCCACGUUUUCCAAGGAGUUCGACAUUGAUGAAACCCACGGCAAGCUAUUUGGCCAAGCAAAAUCCACCUUGUCUGGCCAGUGAUUCCAGGUUUCCAACACUAUCAGUGAAUAGUAACGAGAGAAUCUUAAAUAAUUCGUCUGGGAUUGAAAUUCAAGCCGCCAAGAGACAAAAGCUAGAGGGUGGUCACUUGCGUAAGGUUGCUGAUACAAAGCAGCAAAUUUAUUUGGUCCACAAGACACCUAAGAAGGAUGGAAAUUUUGAUGGAAAUUCUGUGCUUGCUAAAAUGAAGCUGACUAUUCCAAGAGAGCCUGACCUUGAAACAGCGCAUAGGGCACAAAGGGCCAAGAAUGGUGUAGAACAAGAACGCAGAAUUGCACAUGUUUUCAAAGCACGCCCACUGAACAGAAAAAUUUUAGAGGCCCCUUCUUUGCUGUCCCCCCAAAAGGGCACUCGACGGUUGCCUGAAUUUCAAGCAUUUCACCUGAGGACAUCAGAGAGGGCUAUGCAACAUACUUCUGCUGUUUUGUCAUCCUCAUUUCACUGCAAUAAUUUUGACAAGGGUUUGCACAAGGCUAAUAGUUCUAUUGCUAGUGUACAAAAUGGAGAUAGAGACACCAAAAGGUCAAAUACUGUGGAUGCUCCAAAAAAGGAUGGAUGUGAAUUAACACCCAGAUUUAGAGCUCGUCCAUUCAACAAGAAGAUAUUUUCUAGCAAAGGAGAUAUUGGUGUUUUCAGAAAUAGCAAGCGGGAAACUACAGUACCAAGGGAGUUUAAUUUUCAUACAGAAAAAAGGAGUCAGCCUAAUCCACCAACAGAACUUUUCAAUAAGCUGUCCAUUCAAUCCGAACUCCAGCCAAAUACUGGAUCUCAGUUAAAAGUGCCCCGUCCUACCUGCAAACCCAUGAAGGGCUCAAAAGAGAAUAGAUUGGGUUUCCUAAAACAAGAAAUCGAGACAACACAUUUGGUAAAAGAGAAACCAUCCAUAUUUGGAGGAAAGCAGGUUCAAUGUAGUAGCAAUGGCAGGGUCGCUCAAAUUGCUGCCCAAAUUGGUGUGAGCAGGAGCAUGGGGAUCCGCUGAGGACAAAUUUUCUUAAAAUGUUCACGAAAGCCCCCUGAAUUUUUCUGCCAAUGGAAGAUUCACAGAGAAUACUAACCACACUAAUGAUUGUGUUACUCAUCAAAGGAUGUCAAACCCCCUUUGCUUGUAUAUGAAAUCUGGAAGGCCAGACCUUACCCCAAAAAUCUUGGGUUUUUUUUUUUUUUAGGUUCUAAAAGGGAAGGCAUGAUAAUGUUUCAGGAACUCCACAGUUUCUUACAAUUUAUUGUCUCCAUCUGUUCCUCAAUAAAAAUGUCACAAGGCUGGCAUUGUACAAUCAUUAAUGUCUUUUGCUUCCAUAGUGAUUUU